AUGCCGUCCUCCUACGCCGCCGCCGCCGCCGCUGCGUCCUCCUCGCGGAAACCAGUUCGCACGACCACUGCAGCUCCCACCGCCCCUACACCAGCACCCCGACCUGCACCAGCGCCCUCGCCGCCCAACCCUAGCCCCGUCUCCGACUCUGACCCCUCGUCCUACUCCUCCUCCGGGGACGAGACCGAUCUCUCCGCCUGCGACCCGGCCACUAAAUCCAUCCUCUCCAGCUACCUCUCCGCGGCCGGAAAUGGCGCCGACCUCUCCAAGGUCGGCAUCUUCCUCAACUCCGCCGCGCGCCGCAGAUCACCGCCGUGCCUGAUCUGCUUGGACCCCAUCCGCCCCUCCGACCCCGUCUGGUCCUGCUCCGCCUCAUGCUUUGCGCUCCUCCACCUCCACUGCAUCCAGUCAUGGGCGCACCAGUCAGCCACCGCCGCUCCCUCCCCCACCUGGGGCUGCCCCAAGUGCCGCGUCGCCUACCCCAAAUCCCAGACCCCCACCUCCUACCACUGCUUCUGCUCCAAGACGGUAGACCCUCCCGCGGAUCCCUGGAUCCUCCCCCACUCCUGCGGCGACGUCUGUGGCCGCCCUCUCAAUUCAAAUGCAGACUCCGGCUGCGAGCACACCUGCCUCCUGCUUUGCCACCCCGGGCCUUGCCCGCCGUGCCCGGCAGUUGUCCCGAAUGCUCGGUGCUUCUGUGGAGCGCACCGGGAGCCCCGGCGCUGCGCACAUCAGCGUUAUUCUUGUGCGGGCAAAUGUAACAGACACCUUAGCUGUGAACUCCACCGGUGUCCGGUGGAGUGCCAUGAUGGCCCCUGCCCACCGUGCGCGGUGAUGGGGGAUCACAAAUGCGAGUGUGGAGAGACAACGCUGAAGAGAUUGUGCUCCGAAAGGGUCUUCCAAUGCAAGAGUGAGUGUGGUGGGAUGCUGGAGUGUGGGAAGCAUAGGUGUGAGAGAGGAUGCCAUGGUGGAAAGUGCGGGGAAUGUCCGCUACGAGGACGACGAACGUGCCCUUGUGGCAAGAAGGACUAUCCAAGGUUGGAGUGCGAUGUGGAGGCUGCCACAUGUGGAUCGACUUGCGAGAAGGUGCUUGGGUGUGGAAGGCACAAGUGCCCCGAGCGGUGCCAUCGUGGCCCGUGUGACGUGACCUGCCGUCUUAUGAUAAAGAAGUCCUGCCGCUGUGGGGGUCUGAAGAAGGAGCUUCCUUGCCACCAAGACUUGACCUGCGAAAGGAAAUGUCAGCGUUUACGUGCCUGUGGACGCCAUGCUUGUAAGCGACGUUGUUGUGUUGGGGAUUGCCCACCCUGCGCGGAGACUUGUGACCGGAGGCUCAGAUGUGGCAACCAUAAAUGCCUCUCUCCAUGCCACAGCGGUGCUUGUUCACCCUGUCCUUUGAUGAAGACCAUCUCAUGCUUCUGUGGGAAAACAUACUUUGAGGUUCCUUGUGGGACCGAGAAGAACCAGAAACCUCCCAAAUGCUCGAAAAGAUGCAAUAUAGAUCGCCUAUGCAGACACAAGCUUGACUGCCGGCCCCAUAAAUGCCACUAUGGAGCAUGUCCACCAUGCAAACUGAUCUGCGGGGAAGAAUUUUCUUGUGGCCACAAGUGUAAAGAAAGGUGCCAUGGCUCUAUUCCUCCACCGAACCCCGAGUACACACUUAAACCAAUGAAGAAGAAAAUGGAAAAGCAUAUAGAAUGCACACCUGGAACACCAUGCCCACCAUGCCAGGAAAUUGUUUUGGUGCCAUGUUUUGGGCAACAUCUAAGCCAAGAACGUGCAAUGCCUUGUUCCAGAAGCAGGCAAUUUCCCUGUCAGAAUUUAUGUGGAAACAUUCUCCACUGUGGCAACCAUUAUUGCACAAAGACUUGCCAUGUGUUAGAGGUCCCAUCAAAUCAGCCUAAAGCUGAUACCAUAUUAUCUUUCAGUAGGGAGAACACAUUUGCUGAGCCUUGUGAAAGAUGCAAUCUUCGUUGUCAAGUGGUCAGGGAUCCUCCUUGCUCACAUCCUUGCCCUUUGCCAUGUCAUCUAAGUGAUUGUCCACCUUGCAAAGUCCUUGUUAAAAGAUCAUGCCAUUGUGGUGCUAUGGUACACGCUUUUGAGUGUGUGCACUAUAACAACCUAAAGGCCAAGGAACAAGUGAAAGCAAGGGCCUGUGGUGGCCCAUGUCAUAGGAAAUUAUCAAAUUGUCCCCAUCUGUGCUCAGAAAUAUGUCACCCUGGUCAAUGCCCGUCAGUUGAUCAGUGCAUGAAAAAGGUCAAUGUACGUUGUGCAUGUAGCACCCUGAAAAAGGAGUGGGUAUGUCAAGAUGUUCUCAAGGAGUACCGUAGGUCAGGCCGUGAUCCAAAAGAAGUACCCAAAGGUCAGUUUGGAGUUGGCCUGAUUCCAUGUGGUGGAGAUUGCGCGAAAAAGGUCAAAGUUUCAGAUCCAGAGCUGCAUCUCCGGAAAAUCCAGGAGAUUAAGAACCCUGCUGCAGAAGCUGCAAACGUGCCCAAACGCAGGAAGAAGCGCGACCGUGGAGUACAGGAACCUGUCGGGGUUUCGACAUGGCAGAAAAUCAAGCGGUAUCUCCUGAUAUUUCUGGCAGUGCUGAUUGCUAUAGCUGUACUGUACGUGUUGGGAAAAGUGGUUUACCAGGUUUCAGACUGGAUGAAUGAAAUGGAAGCGCAGAAGGCCAGGCAAAGGCUUCUGAGGGCUGGAAGGCUGUAGAAGUGAACAAUAUAUAUGGAUUCUUAAUGAAUUUUGAGAUGUACAUUAAAUGAGUAAUAAACUGAGCUUUACUGCCAGUAUCCAGUUUUGGAGGCAUGUGAGUUGAAGGAUGCUGUUGUUUUGCGCCUUCCUAGUGCCAAAGGAAGACGGCUUUGUAUUGUUUGCAAUAUGUUGUUGUUGAGUUGCUGUAAAUGAACAAAUGAUGUCAAUAAUAUAUGGGUGAUCCAGAACACUUUCUUGCAACAA